AGUUGGUGUUGAAGGAGAAAAUAAGGGGGAAAAUAAAUAAAAAGGUGAUUGGGAUAAAUAUGGGGAUAGAGUAAGUGUAUAAAAAGAGGGGGGAUUUAAAGAGAGGUUGAAUUAUUUUUUUCGGACUUGAGAUUUAAAUAAAAGUGGGAGGAGCUUCGGAAAGACACACACACACGCACGCAGGCAUAGAGUGAGUGUUAAGUUGGGUUUUGGAUGCGUUUCGGUGGAAAUCGGUUUUAUUCUCAGUGGGAGGAAACCAAAACAGUGAAGGUAAAGUGCAGAUUUUUUUUUAUUCUGGACAGCUGGGGUAAUUUUAGCAGGGUGGGAUUGUAGUGGCCGCGGUUGGCACCGCCCUUCCUGGCGGGUGGGUCUGAGUGAGCUCGCCUUGCCUCGCCUCGCCUCGGCUCUCCGGUGGAUGUGCGGCGCAGCGCAGCAGCAGCAGCCAUUCGUGGGGAAAAAUAGGCCGUCCUUCUCCGGGCCUUCAGCCUGCCUCUGCCUCCACAGCGUCCGGCCUUUUUUUCGUUAACAACUCCUCUCCGGUUUAUUAAUGCGGGAUGAGUGAUCAAAAGAAAGAAGUCAUGGCGACAGACGGAGGGAAAUCAGGUGGUGGUGGUGAAAAGGGCAAUAAAGGAAAAACAUCAUCACAGGAUGCACAGCCAUCUCCUCUCGCUCUGCUUGCAGCCACAUGCAGUAAAAUAGGCGGCGUGGGCGGGGAGGGGCAGGCCGGCGUGCCGCAGCAGAUCAUCAUCGACCCCAGCCAAGGGUUAGUGCAGCUCCAGAACACCCCUCAGCAGCUGGAGCUUCUCCCGGCUCAGUUCACAGGAAACGGCUGGCAGAUCAUCGCCGCUUCACCUGCCACAGCUACUACAACCAUAACCAAGGACAACACACAGGCUACCAGCGUGGCCACAGUUACAACCGGGACUAGUGUCGUCCCCAUCGAUGCUACACCCGGGCGAAAGGUUAAAUCAGCUGGUGUGAACAAUACAACAGUCGCACAACAGCAGCAAUUUCAGAUCAUCCAGGUCCAAAACAUGCCUAAUUCUACAGGAGGGAUCCAGUAUCAGGUGAUCCCACACUUACAGACGGCCGACGGUCAGCAGAUCCAGAUAAACCCCAGCAAUCCAACCACUUUAAGCGUCCAGCCUGAGCAGAUUCAACUCAUUAACGCUGCUAACAACCAAGCCAUCCUGGCCACGCCUCCAAGAGCCACGUCAGCCAAUGUAGUUUCCCAGAAUGUCACAAAUCAGGCUAUCCCUGUGCAGAUUCGUCCCUCAUUUCCACUCCAGCUGCAGACUAUUCAGGGCACGCAAGCCCCCGUGGUCACUACGAUACCGAUAAAUAUUGGUGGCGUCACUUUGGCUCUGCCCGUCAUCAACAACGUGGCGGCAGGAGGAGGAUCGGUGCAGCUGCUCCAGUCAAAUGACAUGAACGUAGCGAACGGCAGCCAAUUGAUCACCACCAGCGUGGACUCUACAUCCGGGACCACCAGCUUGACCACGUCAGGGGGCGGAGACUCCAUCUCUGCAGAUGCCACAGCCUUAACGUCAGUGUCCAUGACAUCUGAUGCAAGUGCAGAGGGGCAAAAAGACAUACGGGCCCAGGGGGGCGAUUCUGAAAGCCAGAACACGGCUCAGUCCAACGGGCUGCAGGUGUCCGAGCAGCAGGCCCAGGUGCAGCAGUUCCACAUCCUCAGUCACCCAGUGCUGCAGCAGAUCCAGAUCCAGCAGCCACAGCAGCAGACGCAGGCGCAGGCACAACAGCAGCUGGUCCAGGGCUCCAUCCAGUUGCAGCCGGCUCAGACGCUGCAGCCGCUCCAACAGAACGUACAGCUGCAGGCCUUCCAGAACCCGGCGCAGGUCCUGAUCCGGGCGCCCACGCUCACACCAACCGGCCAGAUCAGCUGGCAAACGGUGCAGGUACAGAACACAGGUGUGGCUCAGCAACUCACACUGGCUCCUGUAGCCUCCAGUCCGAGCGGCGGUGCUUUCACGCAGAUCGCUCCUCUCGCCAUCGGAGGAACGCCCAUCACGCUGAACACGGCCCAGCUGGCCUCGGGGACGGGCGUACAGACGGUCAACAUUGCAGGGCUGAGCACUGCAGGGGUCCAGGUGCAGGGUGUCCCACUUACCAUCGCCGGGGUGCAGGGCCAGCAACAGGGUCAGGAAGGUGUUAAGGUCCAGCCCGGCCCGGUGACCGUCACUGUGGGGAACUUGUCCAACACCACUCUGAACGCCGUGAGUCCGGAGCAGCUGGGUCAGGCACAGAGUCCCUCAGAGCAGGAGGGGCAACCAAGCAAGAGGCUGCGCAGGGUGGCCUGCUCCUGCCCCAACUGCAGAGACGGAGAGGGCAGAAACAACAACGACCCGUCGAAAAAGAAGCAGCACGUGUGUCACAUGGAGGGUUGCGGGAAAGUCUACGGCAAGACGUCUCACCUGCGAGCUCACCUGCGCUGGCACACCGGAGAGAGGCCCUUCGUCUGCAACUGGAUCUUCUGUGGAAAACGUUUCACAAGGAGCGACGAGCUUCAGCGGCACCGCAGGACACACACGGGUGAGAAGAGAUUCGAGUGUCCGGAAUGUUCCAAGAGAUUCAUGAGGAGCGACCACCUGUCGAAGCACAUCAAAACUCACCAGGGCAAAAAAGGAGGCGCUGCGCUGGCCAUCCUCACCACCGAGGACAUGGAGGACGAGGUCGAGGAGGCACUGGGCUCGCCCAGGAUCGUCACGGUCGCCUCCAUCUCACAGGAUUCCAACCCAGCCACGCCCACAACGUCUAACAACCUGGAGGAGGAGUUCGAGUAGCUCGGGGUCCGAACCCUCCAUUCAAAGCACCAUGUUCUAGAUCAGCUUUUAGUUGUCUGUCUUUUGUUUGUUCAUAAUUUUUUUUUUUUCUUGUUCCUUCGAGAACGGACAGCUCUUGGAGUGCAUCAGCUUUUGAGAUUUUUCAUAUGAAAAUGUAAAAAAAUGAUAUAAUAGAAAAGAAUCUAAAGCUUAUGAAUUUACCAUUUGGAUUUUAAAGAGACAUACAGCGAUUAUUGGAGAUGAAAUGAGAUGAGAUGUCAGAGAGUGUUUUAUUUACAGGAGCACGAGGAGGGAUCUGUGGUUUCCAGUACGCAAAUCCACUAUGAAGAGUCUUCUUUUUUUUUUUUCUCUUUUCUCCUGUAGGAUUAAAUUGUCUCUAUGCACAAAAUUGUACAUCUUUUCUCAAAUUAUGGAUUGACUUCUUAUUGUGAGGAGUGGGGGAGGUGUAAAUGUAGGUUUUUAAUGUAAAGUAGAUUUCUUUUUUUUUUUUUUUUAAUGCAGUCAGACGAGAUUUGGGACUGAACACGUCGACGUCUAGACGCCGUUCGACACCGAGUCGAUCUCUUAAGCAUCACAUCAGCGUCAGACGACUGUUCAGCGCCACGCUAUUAGACCUUCAACAAUGUUUAUGCAGAUCUCGAGCAAACCUAUGAAAGAAAGGAAGGAGAGAGGACAAGAAAGACAGACAGAACCUGACACAGUGAAAAGCGUCCUAAAAAGCACAAAUUGAAAUGAAAUGAUACCGAUAGAUUUAUAUUUAAAAAAAAAAAAAAACAGAUGAUAUGAUUAUGAUAUGAAACAUUCCUACGUAUAUGAGUAGAAGGAUGAUGCUGGGAGGCAGGAGAAGAAGGAAAAAAAAAAUCCACAAGAGGCAAAUUUGGCUUCCUGAUAUUUGCUACGUGAAAUGAAAGCAAUACUAUAAAGACAAUCCUUUGUGAAACCAUGUUUACAUUAAAUCGAAGGCAGAGUAGAUUUUCUUUAAUUGAGAAGUGAAAAGGGAAACGACCGCGAACAGCCUAAAGGUCUUUUUUUUGCAUUUCAAAAGUCAUAUGAACUGUCCUACAAUGCCUUAACUCUGAGCGAUGAGCGAGAGGCUCAUGUCGGGGGAGGGGGUGGGAGGGUGAGGAGAAGCGGGUCUUUCGACGAAGGGACGAUAAUUUCGUGUACAGUUGCACACAGCUGACCACAUGCUUCUUUUCUAUUCUAGUAAACACUGUGGCCAGUAAAGAGACGUCUUUUUUUUUUUUUUUUUUCCCCCCCCCUCUCUCUUUUUAAAUCUCCAUUCGAUUUCUGAGCGACGUCACUUUUUUAUUUUUUGGGUGUUUUUUUUUUUUUUUUUUUUUUUGCGCUCCUACGUUAAUUCCUCCUCCCGUUAGAUUAACAACAUCAUAUUCAUAGUGUCAGUGCCAUUAAAGACGUCCGCUUCUUGAAUCAUUGUAGAUCUGCGGCCACCUGCUCGGCCUCUCAAGCUCUCGUUGCUCAGUUUGAUGUUCGAAAAUGUGUCUGGUGGCGUUUUAUUAUUAUUUUAUUUCUUUUUUUUUUAAUUUGUGGAAAUUGAAUUUGUGAAUUCUCCUUUCCCCCCCCCCCCUUUUUUUUCCUCCUUAUUCUUAUGUCCUUUCCUUUCCCUUUCCUUCCCUGGUUCGUAUCUGUUACCACAGACUGUCUAUUAUCCCUAAUUUAUUAUUUAUCCUUAUUUCUUCAAUAUUUGCCCUUUUCAAGUUGCUGAUGUGUAUCGUACGCUGUUGAGUCAGAGAUUACGUGCAGCAUGUUGUUGUUGUUAUUGUUAUUAUUAUUAUUAUUAUUAUUAUUAUUCCCCUCUGUUAUAAGCAAUGAUUGAUUUAUUUCUACUCGUGGUCCUUUUUAUAAACAUAACCAUAGCUUUUUAAUUUAUACAAAUCAACAACUUCUCUCACAACAUAACAUAUUUCAGAAGAUUUAAAAAAAAAAAAAAGUUGAAAAAAAAUUAAUUAAUAUGAAUGGUUGAUACCAAACAAUUU